CCACCAUGUCCGACCGCAGCGACCACACGUAUCACACCGUCCACCUAAACGCGCCAUCGCAAGGAAAUGAAGUCGACCUCUCAAGCUUAGAGUACCUCCUAGAUGCCUGUUCUGCCAACAAGAAGGGCAAGAAACGUGCUAGGUCGGCGGAGCCCCUCUCUCGCAAACGAGCGCGCUUAGACGCGAAGGACGUGGGGAACACAACUGUGGCGGAGUCAGACAACGUCGCGACCGAUACCACGGAGACAUGGGUGUAUCAUCACGUCUUUCAUAUCGACUUCAUUUCAUCUGCCGCACCUCACCGAGUCGAGGACCGAAUCAAGUCUUGGUUAGCGAAGCGUUAUGCAGACGACCUCCCAACUACUCUCGAUCUCGGGAAAGUGCUCCUAGAAGCUCGCAAGCCGUCUCGACGCGACUACGGUCUUCGACACACCCACAUAUCUCAAUUGCUAUUUGCGUUUGAGGCACUUAGCAGAGACGGCCGGGCAAUAUUUCGUGCACCUAUCGAAGACGAUAUGCUUCCGUUCACUUUGCGACUGGAAGUCGAGGCUGCCCUCCUGUACUCGAAGAUGCUGGAGCCGUUCCCACCAUUCGUCGAAGAAGCACAGCGUCGUGUCUUGCUGCACUACUUCCCGUAUACGACCUCGCCUGCAUCAUUCCAGGGUACGCGUCGUAGUGUGGCUUGGUUAUUGUCCCGAGAAGGCAAGCAGGUUGAUACGCACGGGAUCGAAGAGACUUUAUACCUCAACCGCGUACGAGGACUGCUAUCUCGCGAGAAGCCUCAGAACGAUGCAGACGCCUUAGGAGGUAUCCUCGCCGAAGAACCAGGCCUGGGCAAGACGCUCGAGUGUAUUACGCUCAUCCUACUCAACCCUUCCGUUGGACGGGGGCCUGCGAAGAAGAGGUGGGACCCCGAGGCGAAAGUAUAUGUUAAGGAAACAAAGACGACGCUCAUCGUGACUCCUUCCUCGUUAGCACAACAGUGGGCGGAUGAACUCGCGUUACACGCUCCAUCCUUGAGAGUCUUGGUCUACGACGGCUGGGCGAAAGUACCCGUCCCCAUCACCGAGGCAGCAGCGGCGAGACAACGUGAAUCACAAUCCUCUCAGAGAGGCAAAUCGGUGGCACGCGACGGGAGCAGAGCCAGCUCUAAAGCGCCCAGCUCCGAGAGAGGCAGGAGCAAGCGUGCCAGACACCCACAAGACGAAGACGUGCUGGACUGGUGCUCGUAUGUCAACACGUUCGACGUCUGCAUCACACGUAUAACUGUCGCACGAGCACCGCCGACGCGCCCGCGACGAGCAAACGUCAACUACUCUGAGAUUGAACGUGCGCGGAGUCCACUGAUCAUGUGCGAGUGGUAUAGGGUCAUCAUGGACGAGGUGCAGAUGGUUGGUGGAGGACAAGCUGAGGAGAUGGUCUCGCUGAUUCCGCGACUAUCCUCGUUUGCUGUCUCCGGGACUCCCGCGCGAGCGCAAGUGUCUGAUCUCAUACAUGUCCUGCGGUUUCUGCGAAUACGCGCUGUGACGGAGAAUUCACGCACCUGGCCUCGCUUACUCAAGGCGCCGUAUGCCACUGACUUCGCUGAUCUAUUCAGCAAAUAUAGCAUCAGGUGGGUUUGCAUGACAAGCAACAUUCAUCUCACAAACCCGUACCUCGUACCCAUCGAAUUGGGCCGGGUCGAGCGACACGUAUACGACCAGAUGUUCGAUGGCGCCCUCUUGGCAUUGGGUUUGGAUGCCCGAGGGGUCGCUGCAAGGGCUGAUUGGGAGGUCGAUACAGCCGUCCUGCGUACUUGGCUCAGGAAAUUGCGUGGUAUCUGUACGCAUCCACAGGUUGGCCAGUUGCUCAACGCCGGAGAUAGACUACACAAACCAGGUGUGCUCAAGUCUAUGGAGGAAGUGCUUGACGGCAUGAGGGACCAGAACUGGAGAAAUCUCAUGGAGGACCGGCGUAACAGGAUCCAACUCAUGUCAACAACUGCUCAGCUGCGUCAGCACCAGGAAGAUGACAAGUUUCGCUAUCGCUCGGCAUUAGACGUCCUGCUUAACGCAGAUAGGGAAGCGAAUCAGCUCAUCAAUGACAUAAAUGCUGCGCUCGCCGAACAUGCCGAGAAGGGUGCGGCACUCAAGGCAGAGGCCGCAAGGCUACGAGCAGAACGUGGCCAGGCAUCCUCCUCGGUCGACAAAGGGAAGGGGCGAGCGCCUAGCGAGUCCGACCUGACCGAUGACGACCUAGACUCCGACGAAUACGGCUUGCCUCGCAAUCGCGCGGGGGAAGAGCACACUUCGAAGGGCAGCGGACUGCAAAACCGCUUAAGAGACGCUCGUAUCUCACUGCACAAGGUGCUAUUCCUCAAGGGCGAUGUGUAUCAUGUCCUGGGAGAAGCAUAUGCCGAUGCCGAGAACGAAGCUUACGCCAAAGCGGAAGAAUUGAGACGAUUGCUGCUCUCAGGUACCGAGGAGAUGGCUGCAAAGGCUAUGACUCUAUUGACGAACACUGCGUCGGUCAAGGCACUCAAGGAAACGGAGCUGUAUAUCAAAGUUCCUUACUGCGAGCCCGGUGGAAUCAAAUCGGCUGACCUUAUCGAGGAAGUGCACGAGAUAAUUGAUGAGGUUUUGAAUACGCAGUCUGCCCUCCUGUGGAAGUGGAGACAGAAGCUUAUCGCCUUGCUCACGCAAUCAUUGACUCAUCAAGACGAUGCCGCGGAUGGACAAGAGUACGGUCGGAGCUUGGAGACGCAAGGAGAGGCAGAGGCAUAUCUACAAGCUUAUGCGGCACUCAUUGCAGACCGCCGCGAAGCUCUGACAGCUGAACGGACUUUACUUGCUACGCACGACGUCCGAGAGACUCACGCUCGACAUACGAAAGCGGCCCAACGCGCUUUGGAACCGGACGACAUGGUCGAACUUCACCAACUCGAUAAUCAAGAACAAUUGCCGGAGCAUGAAGUUCUCCUGAAGACGUUGAACGAGGAGCGAAAGGCGAUACUGGAAGAAUUUAACAGUGAUAGGGCCGUCAGAUCGGUUUUGGUCGACCUCAACAAUGUUGCCGCUCGCAUCGCCAAAGAUACUGAUCCCGAGAAGAUCCUGGCGCGUGAGGCCACCAAGCAAUUAAGAAAGCUACUCCUAGAGCAGAAUAAAUUGAUGGACAAACUACAGGCCGAUCUUGUCCCAUUGCGAAGAGCGUUCAACGAGCGCAUAUCCUAUUUUCGACAAUUACAAGAGAUCUCUGACACAGUCGCAGAGGCUGCAUGGGGAGACAGUGUCGAGGUUGCCUUGGCUGACAUAGCUCGAGACCAAGCGGAGCUGGAGACGAAGAUUACUACUGGGCGCGCUCAUCAACGGUACCUUGAUAAUUUGGCACAGUCCCGCAACGAGAAUGAGGAAGAUGAGGAAGAGCGCUGCUGCGUUCUCUGUCGAUGUGACUUCCUCCGUGGUUACAUCACGCAAUGGUGCGUUGCUUGCUUGAAAGAAUGGAUCUCUCGCAAAGAAGGGAAAGUGUGUCCUGUGUGUCGGGAGAACAUCAAUCCCAGCCAGUUGCAGCGCUUCUCAAUACACAACUCGAAGACAGAACCAGCACCCGUAGCACCGGCCCUCAUUCGCAACAACGAAGCUAUCCCCAAGUCGCAGCAUAUCCAGACUAUGGAGGCUAUCGGAAGUUAUGGCAGCAAGAUCAAUACGUUGUUGAGACAUCUCUUGUACUUGAAGGUUGCGGACCCAGGGGCAAAGAGCAUUGUAUUUUCAGCAUGGGCUGAUUCACUCCACAUCAUCCAGCAUGCUUUGAAGCGCAAUGAUAUAUCUUGUUUGCGGAUUGAUCAACAAAGACGAAAGGAGCAUGCAGCGAAGAAGUUCCGCACAGAUCCUACUAUUGAUGUUCUUCUUCUGCAUGGGGAGCGGGAAAAUGCGGGGUUGAAUGUAACGUGUGCCUCUCGCGUUUUCCUCGUCGAGAGUGUCGUCCACCAUGCUUUCGAAUUGCAAGCGAUUGCACGAAUCGACCGUAUGGGACAGACCAAACCAACAGAAGUGUAUUGCUACUUUGCCGAAGACACAGUAGAGCGAAACAUCUUGGAUCUGGCUGUUCGACAGGGACAAUCGCUGUACACGAAAGACAACUCAGCAGGGACUCUGGACACCUCAACGUUCGCCCUGGCGCCUGGCAAGAACGCGGUCGACGCACCUGCCAAGAGAGCGCAGAAGGGCGAUUUUGUUUUCAAGACCGACGAUAUGCUGGCUAUCUUCUUCCCUCACCUAUUCGAAGAUAUUGAAUAUCUGAUCCCACCCGAAGACUCAGUCAUAAACGAUACCGCCCCCGCCGCCGCAUCCUCGCAAGCACGUCAGCAACCAUCUGCAAACGCUGAAGCAGGUCCUCCACGUUGCCCUCAUAGCCAUCCACAGUUUCUUUAGUCUAAUUUAAUCGUAAUGUACAACACGUUCGUAACAAGUGUAUAUGCCACAGACCACCAUGGACACACCUUCAGACGCUCCGAGUGUGUCCGAUUGAUUUGCGACAUGUCAUCACUAGUACACCGACCUUCCCCCAUGUCCUCCCUCGUCUGAGUCCUAUUAGUAUCAGAGCAUGGAACGAAUCCCAAUACGAAGAGUCCAGAGCGGCCAACUCAAACGCAGAAUUUGAAUCAUGGUUACCCGGUUGUGUCUACUACAUACCCGUCCCACUGCAGGAGCCAACCAGUUCGAACUCGAAGGUCGUAGACUUAGCAUCAUGAUGUCGACUGUUGCAGGUCGUAGACUUAGCAUCAUAAUGUCGACUGUUGCAC